AAAAAAACCCUAUAUAAAGAAGAAGAAGCCCUUAGCAACGAAAAUGUAACAUGUAUCAUGUAAAUAUGUGUGUUUUUAAUAUUCAUACGUUUUUCCUCUAGCAUCUCGCUUAAUUUAGAAAAGAGCUUCCAGUUGGAUAACGACCGCGUUCAGAGCUGUGUCUUCCUCUGGCUGUGUGGGUAGUUGUCAGGCUAACAGCUAAUAGCAGCUACUCAAACUUUUCAGCACCGAUCCGAGAAGAAGAUGGAUUCAGGAGUUUUAAUGGCCACCUCCAGAGGUGACUCAUUACCUCUGGCAUCACUGCGCCUUCUGGUAUCUCCUUUGCAGCUUAUGACAGCAUCAAUGUGGCAGGUGCUAAAGAAACAGGACGUGAUGAACUACUGGAAGGUGGCAGAGUUUGUCUCAUUAGUGGUGGAUAUGGUCCCUGAGCUGCUAAUGUGCAAACACAGGACUCAACUGAACCUAGGGUUAAGAGCUAGAUAUAUCCUUGAAUUGUGUCGAAAUGAAGACCUUGUGAAACCUGAGUUUAUCAUGCCUUACCUGGACAAGGUUAAAUCGCCACACGCCACCCUGGUAGAUAUAGAAGCCUCAAAAGAGGAAGAUGUUACAGUUACCUUUCUUGAGUUGAUUCAGACUCUCCUCAAAGACCCUGAAGAGAGACAAGACUUUUUCACGGAAGUCUUUCCUGCAGAGUUUGGACCUCAGUAUGACCGUGAUCUGCAGACGCUGUUUUGGGAGUUCUACUGUCGACUGGCUCAACUGCUGCCUGUUCCUGACGUUGAGCAGACUGUGUCCUGGCUCAGAGCUGAAUCCUCUGCAUUGGAGGAUUGUGUUCAUGCAGUCUGUGAACCUGCAGAUCUGAAAAAUCUACUCCAACACCACAAAAACCUCGCGCAUUUAGAGCAACAUGUUCCACCUUCAAGUAUGGGCGACAGCAUCGUUUCCUCACUCUCUGCAGUCCUCCCCAGCAGAGGAUCAAAAUGCAUAGAACAGGCCAACGAGUCAGAUCCACUACAGGGUACCAGUGAAGACGCACACACUGUGACAUUUGUGGAUGACAUUGCAGUUGAAAUAAUCGCAGUGACUGAUUAUGCAGAGGUUGAAUUGGGUCCAAGCACUGAUAUUGAAGUGCUGAUGGGAGAACACUGCUUUGAAGGAAGAGGUGCUAAUGCAGUGGCUGAAGAUUCAUUGGUCACAUUUGCUGAAGAGAGAGCCAAGGAAGGGGGGUCAGGUGAAGCAGAUGAGAAAGAAAGAAAAGAAAAAUUAAACGCCCAUUCAGAAGUGAACAUGGUUGACUCGGCAUCCCCUCAGCCUGUAAUGCCUGCGGGGCCGCAUGACUGCCCUGACUGCGAAAAGAAAUUCAAGUUUGCGUCUUCACUAAUUGCCCACAGAGUCAUCCACACCGGGGAGCGCCCUCACCGUUGCAGCGACUGUGGCCGCUGCUUCUCCUUCAGGCAGUCCCUCGACAGACACCGGCACACACACAAAACUGGGCGCAAGUACAACUGCCUCAUCUGCGGAAAGACCUUCAACUCCCUGUCAGCACGCACUGAGCACAAGCAAACGCACAUGAAAGACUGCGUUUACACCUGCCAGCAGUGCAACAAGACAUUUAACUGGGAGCUGUCGCUUGCGAGGCAUCUAAAAACUCACACUGAUGAGCAGACUGCAAACGUGCCUACAGACCGCUGUGAAGAUGGGAAAGACUUUGCGAUGGCCGAGGCCAACAUCAGUGAGGCUAAUGUUGAACUCUCUGAACUGCAGUGCCAGGUGCAGGCAUAUGAUAACUGCAGCCCAGAGGGUGAGCAACAUAAGGGCAGAGAGCCUCAGGGUCUCAUCUCUGAACCUGACAAUCAUGUCAUUACUCCAGUCAAGGUCCGCACAAGUGGGCGCAAACGCAGACCAACCAUGAAGAUCCAGCUGAUAAAUUUACAGAAGCAAAUGAUGACUAAAAGCAGGAAAGAGAUCACGAGUGCAAACCCUCCUCCACUGAAGCCUUUGCCUUUAAGCUGUGCAGAACACUCAUAUGGGUCACCUGUGGUCUCGUCGAAGGAUGCUAAUGAGAGUUCUGCAGCAGACAGCUCAUCGGCUGCUUUCUCCUGUCCUGAGUGCUCCUUCCAUCACUCAGAACAAGCACAGGUUCAGCAGCACAUCUAUGACGUUCACUCCGUUGAGAUCACUGAGGACAAGUCACUUCUUCAGGCACUCACAGAUGAAGAGGGAAAUUUUAGUUGUGCAGACUGCGAGAAAAGCUUCAGGUUCCUUUCCUUACUAAAAGCCCAUCAGCGCAUCCACACAGGUGAGCAGCCCUUCUCGUGCUCCCAGUGCGGGCGCCAUUUCUCUUUCAAACAGUCGCUGGAGAGGCACAAGCAGACACAUACCUUGGGACGCCAGUACGAGUGUGUGAUCUGCGGGGAGGUCUUCAAGUCCCUGGCUGCUCAGAAAGAGCACAAGAGCACCCACAUGGAAAAUGGGGAGUACCUGUGUUCAGAGUGUGGGCGCGCGUUCACCUGGAAGUCAGCACUGGUGAGGCACCUAAAGACCCACAGCCUGGAUGCUGGCAAGUCAGAGGAUUCUUACAAAUGUCCUCGCUGUGAUUUGAGUUUCAGCUGUGCCAGCUACCUCAACAGGCAUCUCCAGACUCACCAGGAGGAACGAGUCCAUACCUGCAACUGUGGAAAGAGCUUUGCCUACCGAGCAGCUCUUACUGCACACCAGCGUAUUCAUCAGAAAGAACGGCCACACACGUGCACACAGUGUGGCAAGGGCUUCCUCUACAAGGGAGGUCUUCUGAGCCACAUGAAGAUCCACUCCAAGGAAAUGCCAUUCAUGUGUUCUUUCUGCGGCAAGAGCUUCAAGAGAGAACGCAACAUGAAGAAACACGAGCGUUGCCACACCAGAGAAAACGUUUUCAGCUGCUCACAGUGUGACAAGAGUUUUGUGUACAAGGCAACACUUGUCAGACACGAGCUGACGCAUUCAGGUGAGAGGCCGUACCUCUGCUCUGAUUGUGGGAAGGGUUUCUUCUCCCACGCCGAGCUUUUGAAGCACGAACGAUUCCAUACAGGCCACAAGCCCUUCCAGUGUCCCCACUGUGGCAAGAAGUUCACUCAGUCUUGCUACCUUACUAUCCAUCUGCGUUACCACACCGGAGUCCGACCAUACGCCUGCAACGAGUGUGACAAGAGCUUCCUGAGUGCCAACCGCCUGAAAAGACACCAGCGAACACAUUCAGGGGAGAAACCUUAUGUCUGCGGAGAAUGUGGGAAGGGUUUCAGGCAGUCUUAUAAUCUGAAAAUGCAUCAGAGGACACACGUCAUGAAGUUGCCAUAGAAAUGAUUUUUAU